AUGAUCCUCACAACCUCUGUUCUGGGAGAAAAAUGCACCACCACGACCCAGUGCGCUGUGUUUGCAUCAUACUGUGGUGGCGGCGUCUGUCGGUGUAGUCCGCUUCUCAGACAGAGUGGGCGUGGUCAGUGCACGUUACGUCACCAGAGAGUCGUCGGAGAACAGUGUACCCGUGACAGUCAGUGUGCUGAUAGACACGCCGUGUGUAGCAGAGGCGAAUGUUCGUGUAAAAUCGGGUUCCGGCUGAAGACAGAAGACGAGUUUUGGGUGAACCCGGCGUCACGUGUGCAGUGUGUCCCGCAACAGUCUUCACUGGGACAAUGUGAUACGUCGACAGGAUCGUCUACAAAAGUGAAUCCAGUUACAACGACGACGUUUGCUCCCCGACUUACCGUGAAGAUACGAGACAAAUGUCAGAGAGAUAACCAGUGUCCGCCACACUCGGCCUGUCAAUCAACCGGAUGUCGUGUCUUCACGUGCGGAUGUCUCCCAGGAUUCAUUGCGUCCGAUGAUCGAAAUGCCUGCACUAGAGUUGCUAUGGUCGGCGAGUCCUGUGACCUGGCCACCACGUGUUUGUCCCGAAUGGCGUACUGUGACGGGAUGUGUAAAUGUCACCCUCUGUUCAGAGCCACGCCCCAAGGCUUGUGUCGAUACUCGUGGCGCAGGGCUGUAGAGGAGGAAUGUACCAAACACUCACAAUGUGCUGAGCCUAAUGCAGUGUGCGUCAGAGGUGCCUGUAGAGUCGUACUGAUCGUACUGGACAUGUCUUUGUUUGAGGUCUUUGUUGGACAUGUAGAGGGACGUGUCUUUGUUUUUAGAGGUGCCCGUGGAGUCGUACUGAUCGUACUGGACGUGUCUUUGUUUUUAGAGGUGCCCGUGGAGUCGUACUGA